CAAAAAACAGUUAAAAAAUAAAUUAGAAGAGCUCUCACUUAGCAGAGCAAACCAGAAAGGAAACCUCAGGACGAAUUGCUGAAGAAGAAAAAGGAAAAAAGAGAAAAAAAAAAGGGGAAACAAGAAUCUCUCUCUCUCUCUCUCUCUCUCUCUUUCUCCCCCCUCACCUCUCUCUCACUUGUUGGUCGUCUGAGCAGAAGAAGUCUACAGUCGAGGGGAAAUUUAUUAGAAUUGGGUUUUAUUCUUGUUAUAUUUUCUUCCCUUCUGGGUGGUCGAUCUGCUCGGAUCUGUGUGAAGGCAGCAAUGCAGAGGAUCUGAAGCGGCCAGUAGAGCUUUAAUGGCGGAAGCAGUGAGCUGGGUGAUGUGGGUCCUUUUCCUUUCUCCUUAGUUCACACUCAAAAUUUAGCAGAAUUCGCUGAUUCUUGGACGUUUCGAGGAGCUGGGGUUUGUGAGCUUUACUGGUUCGGAUAUGGGCUUCAAUUAUGGGACUGCAAAGGCGUUGGAAGAGAUUUGGGGUCGAAGAAUUUGGUUUUGAGCUGCCUUUGACUGACAGACUGGGGCUUCUGUGGCGGCGGAAAUGCCUCCUUCGCCGGCGUUGCGGUACUCGCCGUCGAGGAAGAUGGAGAGCCACAAGCGGGGCCGGAGCUUCGAAAGUGGGUUAAUGUUCAGAGAGAAGGACGACGACCUUGCACUCUUCAACGAUAUGAACUCCAGGGAGAGAGACAAUUUCUUGAUACCAUGCCGCAACGAAGAUUUUGACGACUCUAUUUCGAUGAAAUUGAAGUAUUUCUCGGACUUCAAGCUCGGUGUGACGAUUCCUGCACGGGCCGACGGCAGCGACCUUCUCAAUGCGGAUGGCGAAAAAAAUGAUUAUGAUUGGCUUCUGACUCCUCCUGAUACACCACUCUUCCCUUCCUUGGAUGAUGAAACUAUUCCACCUCCUAAUCUUUCACAAAGAGGCAGGCCACGCAGUCAGCCAAUUUCUAUAUCAAGAUCAAAUACGAUGGAGAAGAGUUACAGCAGCAGGGCUAGUAGAACUAGUGCAAGUCCUCACAGACUUAGCCCAUCACCUAGGUCAACUAGCAGCAUGGUACAGUCAAGAGGUCGACCAUCUUCUGCUCCUAACUCUAGCUUCAUUCGCCCUUCUACUCCCUCUCGAAGGCCUUCUACUCCACCAGGCAAGCCUAGCAAUCAGGCACCAAGGGCUUCAACUCCUACUUCUCGCAGAAUGAGUACUGGAUCAAGUGGUUACCCUUCCUCAUCUGGAAGAAGAGGACCUUCGCCUGUGAAGACUAAUCGUGGGAGCUCUUCUUCUCCCAAGUUAAGUGCUUGGCAGUCGAGUCUUCCAGGAUUCUCUUCUGAUGCCCCUCCAAAUCUUCGGACUUCAUUGGGAGAUCGUCCUGCAUCAUAUGUCAGAGGUUCAUCUCCUGCAUCAAGGAAUGGAAGGGAUACAAGUGGACACAGAAGGCAAUCACCAUCACCGACAGUUUCUAGAAGUUCCAGCUCGCCGCACCACCAAUAUCAUGAUCAGUUCAGCUUACACAUCAAAAGCUCUGUUGGUUCUUCUUUUGAUGAGGAAGUGGAGUCUGUGCAAUCCACACUUCCAGCCAAACCUGAAGUCUUCCCAGGAAAUUCUGGACAUUCAAAUAAAAAAGUUUUGGCAUUUCCAAAAAGAGUUUCUCAUCCCAUAUCAUCAGGCUCUGCUCCAAAACGGUCCUUUGAUUCUGCAAUGCGCCAAAUUGAUCAUCGGAAAAAUCAUCAGAACAUGUUCAGGCCAUUGCUGUCAAGUGUCCCUUCUACUUCAUUCUAUGUUGGCAAAGGAAGCACUUUCCAUCAACGCAUGGUCUCUAUGAACUCCUCUGUCACCACCAGCAGCAAUGCAAGUUCUGAACAAGGUGCUAGUGUUGUACCUGACACUGAUGGCAGUGAUCAUGAGCAUGAUGUUCUGGAUGGUGAAUGGGAAAGGGCACCAUUUUCUGAUGUGCAAGAAGAAAUGCUUUCCUAUGAAAAGGCAGAGCAAUUAGGCAAAAACAAACCUGACAUGGAGCUUCAUAUUGUUGAUUCGGAAAGGAUUGGAGAUGUUUUGUACUCAGAAGCUGAUUCUAGCAUUUUGGCAACACUUGGUGAGGCUGAGGUUUUAGCAUCUGAAAAACUCACAAACAGUGAGAUUGAUGAGCUGAAUGCUGGGGUUACUGUAUUAGAUGGAUCGAUGGCUGGUAGUUUUGGUGAUUUGGUUGCUAUUUGUUCUAAGUGUGGCAGAAAGUUCCUCAUGUUGGAGAACAUGGAUGAGAAUUUAAAUAUUUGUCAAAGCUGCAUCAAGCAAAACAAACUUCUAGCAUGUCAGUUACAAUUGCUAGCAAUGCCAAGCAAUAUAACAACUGAAGUUCAGAAUCUUCAGAUGAUUGAGAGAAACUCAGAAGCUGUCUCUUCAAAUGAUGGAAGAGAACAAAAUGAAAUGGACACUGAUGUAGAAAUUGACUUCCAAUUAUCCAACGAUCCACAAUGUAAUGAUGCCCCUGAAAAUGAUUAUGGUCAAGAAGAAAGAGAACAUGGAAGUUCUUGCCUUCUGGUUCUGGAUGAACAGAUGGAGAAUUUCGCUGUGGAUAAUUUGGAAACAAAGAGUGAAUCCAAAGAUAUAACUGAAGUACAUGAUAAUUCUGAGGAAUUGAAAUCAAUUGAGUCCAUGCAAUCUCAGGGUAAUCUCAGUGACAUUAACAAAAGCUUACCAGUUAAGGAGGGAAAUGCUCAUCCAAGCUUGACAGUUGAAGUUGCAGAGGGUGCUGGCAUUUCCUUGUUGCUCUCAAGGUCAAGCAGUGGGAAUUGGCCUGUAGUUCAUGGCAAAUCGUUGGCUGUUUCAAGUAUAACUUCUGAUAAUCCUUCUUUUUUUACAAACAGUUUAAAUGCUACGAGAGGUUUGAGCAAUGCAUCUAGCUCUUCGUCCACUGAAACUGCCUCAACAAGGCAAAUCAGUGCUCGUUUUCAGCGGCAGUCAAGUAGGAGGUCUGACUUGGAGAGCCCGAGAACUGAUACUCAUGCAGAAUUACAAUUACAACAUGUUGGACCAAUUUCUCCUAGAGGUCCUGCCAUUGCUUUAGAAGCUGAGGUCCAUUCUGUAAGUUCUAACCAAGAAAAUUUGGAGAGUUCUCUCCUAACUAUGGAGGGGGAAGUUUUGGAGGACACUACAAUGGUUCAUUGUGAAAAAAGCAUGGCAUUGGAGCAUGUACAGUCUGAAAAAGCGAGUUACUUAUCAGUUGAGGCUACUGGCCAAGAGUAUGAUCAGCUGGAUGUCAAGGAUAAACAAAUGUUGCCUGUGGAUUCAUCUACAGCGGAAACAUCCAGUGAUUUUGAUCAUGCUCAGCUUGAAAUUUCAUUUGAUACAUCAGAUGCCAAAAUUCUGGAUGAAUCAUGUAAACUUGUCAAAAACGGAAGUUUACUGGAGACUCCUGAAAUUUGCUACCCUAACUGCUCCCAGUACAUUCCAGAAAAGGAUCAAUCUUUACAGGACAUAGAAUCUGUUGGGGCCAUGGAUAGUGACACCAUUGGUAGCAAUACUGUUCAGGUUGAGGUGGUUGAUGCAGUUGCAGAAGACUGCUCAGUCAAUGUAUCAGGAGAUCAAGAAAACGGGCAUGAUAACAUCACUAGAUUACAUUCAGAUUCAGCUGUAUUGCCAUCUGCAGAAGGCAUUUUGGAUCAGGAGCCUUCUCCUUAUGCAGCUGAGGAAGCAGGUUCUUCGCGCAACAUUCCGGAACCAGAAAUUCUCCAUCAUACCCUAUGCUCCAAAGAUGAAGAGGUCACAAAGGUUGAGGGUCCAAAAGGUUGUUUGUCAAGAAACAUUACUUUGGAGGAAGCCACUGACACAGUACUGUUCUGCAGCUCGAUUGUUCAUAGUCUAGCACACAAAGCAGCAUCUAUUGCCAUGGAAAAGGAGGAGUCUUCACUUUGCCUUGAAGAUGCUAGGCCCACCGUUACCAUCUUGGGUAAUUCUGGUCUUAAGGAUGCUAGAAAACCAAGUGUUUCUUCUGGAAGGCGAACACAACGAUUACAGAGACCAAGAACAAAGCAGCGGUCACAAAAAAAUGACAGCAGUCCCUUGGUCAAAACCGAAGAAGUAAAAGUUCGGGAAACAAAAAUAGACCAUUCUACUGUACCAAACCAGCCGGACAGCAUGAAACCUCCAAAGCUUGAGUCUAAGUGCAACUGUUCAGUAAUGUAGUGCGGUGAGGAGCGGCUGUCUUUCCAUUUGAUAGAAGAGGGGCAUUCUGAGCAUGGGUGUAUUUACUUGUAAUUGUUUUUAACUUACUGGGAGUAAGGCUCCUGCAAGGCAGAUCACGAGCAAGCCCCAUGAUUUUCAUUCCUCAUCUAUUUGUUGAUGAGAGGUAGGGAACAUCAAUCGGUGUGUUGAUGGUGUAAUCAAUUGUAAAAUUUGUGGUUCUGGUUUUGAUUCGGGGAGAGAUCAACAGUCUGUCUCUGUUGCUAUUGCUUUGUUAUUUUCAUUCAUGUGAAUAGAAGAAUGUGAAUCAUGAUUUUGACGUGAUUCUUUUGCUGAA